AUCCCUAUUCGGUAAACCGGUUGGCCCCGUUGGGGGAAGGGUUUUAGGAAUAGGGCAUUGGCGCCCUGCCGUUGUUCAAUGCCACCAAGUGUGGCAAAAGUGCAAAACUCCCCAUGUAACAUAUUCACCGCUUCUUCUUCAAUUUCUUCUGAUGACACGCUGCGAUUUCUGCUUCAUUUUUGCCAUCUAGCUCGGUGCAUAUCUCCGAUAUCAAACUGGGUCCGUUUUCAUUUUCGCUUUGCUCCUCCGUCUAUGACUUGUCUUUUGGUAGUCUUUCUAAUGAUUUUUGGCCUUUCUCGAUUCAGAGUCACUGAAAACUCUCCGUAUAGGCACUUGGGUUGGCCUAUUUGUGCUUUAUUUUCACCACCUAUACGUGUUCUUUUCUAAGAUUUUUGGUAUUUAUCGCUUCUGGGUCUCUGGAAAGUUCCCACCAUUGGCCCUUGGGUCGGUCACAAAGUACUGAAUUUUCGUCUUUGCAGCCCUUCGCCCCUUUGUAGUCAUAUAUGCGAUGCUUUCCAAUGAUUAAGAGAAGGCCUGGUGCUUAUUGUUAUUACUAUUUCUUCAGAACCAGAAGAACAAUUACGACUUCUACUCUACCACUAGAUGUACAAAAUGAUUCCAUUGCAUCUGUUAGAUAUGACCACAAAGCUCUCUGCCUCACUUCAGUGGAUCAACUCAUCCAACGCGGCUCGUUAUCCUUGGCACAGAAACUUGUUCAGCGAAUAAUUGCACGUUCUUUGUCGUUUUCAGAUGCUGUUUUAGUUGUUCAUUACGCUGCUGUAAGGGGCUUGAAGAUUGAUUUAGGUAGUUACGGUGCACUCAUUAGGAAGCUGAUGAGCUUGGGUCAGCCACAGCUAGCUGAGGUGCUUUUCCGUGGUAGCAUUGUUGGCAGAGGUAUUGAUCCUGACUUUUCAAUUUUGAAUUCGAUGGUGAUUUGUUUUUGUAAGUUGGGGAAAAUAGAGGAGGCAAGAGCUCAAUUUGAAAGGUUGCUUGCCAUGGGCCUUGUUCCUUGCAAAUCUGCUUCUAAUGCGUUGCUUCGAGAGUUUUGUGCCCAAGAUAGAAUUUUAGAAGCAUUUGAUUAUAUAGUUAGAAUUAAUGAGGCUGGAGUUAUUCCGGGUUUUUGGUGUUUUAAUAAGUUGAUUGAUGGGCUAUGCUGCAAAGGGUAUAUGGACGAAGCUCUUGAAUUGUUUGAUAUAAUGCGUGGCAAAUGUGGGUGUCCGCCUACAGUCCAUCUGUACAAAUCGUUGUUUUAUGGUCUUUGUAAGAGAGGGCUUGUUGUGGAGGCAGAGACACUAUUAAGUGAAAUGGAGUCUCAGGGUCUUUAUAUAGACAGGACAAUGUAUACUUGUUUAAUUUAUCAAUAUUGUAAGGAUAAGAAAAUGAAAAUGGCAAUGCGGAUUUUGUUGAGAAUGCUGAAGACAGGUUGUGAUCCAGAUAAUUACACAUGUAAUACACUGAUUCAUGGGUUUGUGAAAUUGGGUUUGUUUGAUAAGGGGUGGGUCGUUUACAACCAGAUGGCAGAGUGGGGAAUGCAACCUGAUGCGGUAACUAAUCACAUUUUGAUCAGUCAGUACUGCAGGGAACAGAAGACUGAUUGUGCUUUGAUGCUUUUGAACAACCUGGUUAGUUGCAACAUGGCUCCCAGUGUUCACUGUUACACAGUUUUGAUGGCUGCACUGUACAAGGAGAAUAGGCUAAUGGAAAUUGAUGAGUUGCUCAAAAGCAUGCUGGGCAAUGGGGUCAUCCCUGAUCACGUUCUAUUUUUUGUUCUUAAGAAGAUUUAUCCGAAGGGACACGAGCUUCAGCUGGCUUAUAUGAUUCUGCAGGCAAUUGCCAAGAAUGGGUGUGGGUUCGACCCUUCUAUGUUCUCAUCCUCUGCCAGUCUGGGUACUCCUAGAGAUUUGGAGCAAGAAAUUGAGAUCCUGCUUGAGGGAAUUGUGAGAAGUAACUUGAAUCUAGGUAAUGUAGCAUUUGGUGUUUUUAUCAGUGCUUUGUGUGAACAAGGAAAGAUUGAUGAUGCUUUGCUUUACAUGGAUAAAAUGGUGAGAGUUGGAUGCAUGCCUCUACCCUUUACUUACAACACUUUGAUCAAGUGUCUUUGCCAAGAGGGGCUUUAUGAGGAUGCGAAGUCCCUAAUUGAAAUUAUGCAAGAUCGGGGGGUGGUUGCUGAUCAAGCAACUUAUUUGAUAAUAGUAAAUGAACGUUGCAAACGGGGUGAUCUGGUGUCUGCCUUUGAUAUUCUUGAGCAAAUGGAUGAGAGGGGAUUGAGACAUAGCGUUGCUAUAUAUGACACUAUUAUUGCUGGUCUAAGUAGACAGAAAAGAAUUUUUGAAGCAGAGGAAAUGUUUAAGAGGAUGCUCGAGUCUGGUGUGGAUCCUGACGAGAUUGUUUAUAUGACAAUGAUUAAUGGCUACUCCAAGAAUGGUAGAGCCAUUGAAGCCCGCCAGUUGUUUGAUAAAAUGAUAGAGAAUUCCAUUCGGCCCAGUUCUUAUUCAUACACUGCACUUAUAAGUGGAUUGGUGAAGAGAAACAUGAUUCAUAAGGGAUGCAUGUACCUUGAUAGAAUGUUGAGAGAUGGUCUUGAGCCCAAUAUUGUGCUGUAUACCUCGCUUAUUAAUCAUUUUUUGAAGAAAGGAGAGUUUGAAUUCGCCUUUAGGUUAGUUCAUCUGAUGGAACGAAACCAGUUUGAAAGUGACCUCAUUAUGUAUAUCUCACUGAUCAGUGGCAUUAGCAGAAACAUCAUUGGUAUUAACAACUGGUCCAUUUUGAGCAAAAGGUCAGAAAGGGAGAGAGAAAUGUUGUUUCAUUUGCUCAAUCAGGGAACUGUUAUGCAUAGUGAAAACAUUUUGAGAGUUUCCGCUAAUUCUCUUGAGGAAAUGAAAUGCUUUGCAGUGAGGCUGAUUGAGAAGAUUAAAGACAAUAGCUUUAUGCCAAACUUAUACCUAUACAAUGGUAUAAUCUCUGGAUUUUGCAGGGCAGAGCGGAUGCAGGAUGCCUAUGAUCAUUUUGAAAUGAUGCAAAGAGAGGGUGUACGUCCCAAUCAGGUUUCUUAUACCAUUCUCAUCGAUGGACAUAUCCAAUCUGGUGAUAUUAACAGUGCAACAGGAUUGUUCAACAAGAUGAAUGUAGAUGGUUUUGCUCCAGACAGAGUUGCAUACAACACUUUACUGAGAGGCCUUUGCAAGGCUGGGAGACUGCUUGAUGCCUUGUCACUCUCAUAUACUAUGCGCAAGAGGGGGGUUCUCCCGAAUCGAGUUUCUUAUGAUUAUUUACUCAGAUGUUUUUGUGCAAAUGAUCUGAGAGUAUAUGCCAUCAAGAUAUUUGAAGAAAUGGUUGCUCAAAAUUAUAUACCCUGCCAGUUUAAUCGCAAAUGGUUGCUUUGCAUAUUGUGCGAGAAUAAUAAAUUGCACAAAGCUAGUGUGGUAACUGAUAGAGGCUUCAAAGACGGAAAUCUCCAGAAAUGUGACAAGGAAGCCUCUUUGGAAACAUGCAUAAGGGAGGAGAAGUCAAUUUAGUUUCCGAGUACAUGGAAAAAUAUAGUUUCUGAUUCAGUUCAACACAUUCAAAGGAAUGGUUGAAAUUCAUGCACUUCCUUCUAGUGACAAUGAGUCGUUUGCUGACUAGAAUCAGAUUCAGGAGCUUGUCGCGGUGCUACAAGAUUCUCUUACUAUAUCAAACCAACAUCCGAGAAGAAGUAGUUUGGUCAAGACUGUGGAUGUCUCAUAGGGUUCACAACAUUACCGUCAUGGUGGAGGUCAUUGCUGACUCCAUUGGUCAGACUGAUCGGAAUCUGUGCAACUAGUUUCUUUCUACUAAAUCAAACCAACAUAUGAAAAGAGGUUGUUGGCCAACACUCUGGAGGAAAACACUUAGUGAGUACUCCUUCCGUCGUGGAUCGAUUCCAUUGAGCUCAGCACUGGUACAAGGUCUGCUGCUGCAGCCACGACUCUGUAAAUUAUGGAUUGAAAUCAGCUAGAGUCAGUCCUACCUUGGGCUGUGAGCCUAUGACCGUGUUGAUCUGUCGCCCCACUCAUGGGUUUACUUGCGUAAAUCAUGCAGUUUUUUUUUUUUUGGCUUGCUGAGUUAGACAUAAAAAUCAGAGAAAGGUCAGACUUCAGAGGCCUUUGGCUUGACGGAACUUCCGCUUUCUUACUGGAUGAUGUGGGACUUGAUUUACAGGUGGGAUUUCCCUACAAACCUCAAUUAACUAGGAAAAAUAAUGAGAAAAAAACCCUUUGUUCUUUCUCUUCAUGUGCAUCCGAGUGUGCACAUACGCUGCCCCCUGGAUGAAAUUCCAAGAGCAGGCCCUAGAUUUUUAAGGUACAUAGGCCUUGCGUCAAGCAUAGCCCUCAAUCUCGUCCAUGCUCUUCGGUUUUGACAGACUAGGAAUGAUAUAGAGUUGAUGAAGGAUUUUGGAAUGGAUGCUUACAGAUUCUCAAAAUCAUGGCUCAGACUAGGAAUAAUAGUGAUAAUGAAAAAUCUGAAAAAUCUACCAAAGAAAACUUAAUUGCCCUGCUGCUGUGCACUUUCCUUUGACUUUUAUGUAUGUGUAUAUAUAUAUCUAAUCUGAAGAACCUGAAAAACCUGAAGAGCCAUAUAUAUAUAUAUAUGAGUUUUGCUACUUAUAGUCAUUUUUGUGUACUCCUUGCGUACUCUAUUAAUUUGAUUUGUCAAAGCCGUUAUUUUAUAUUUAAAGAAAAUGAUGCAGUCAAUCACAUUAGUGGAGUGCUUAAGGAGUACGCAAAAGUGACUGUAUAUAGAGCUUUUGUAUAUGUAUAUAUAUAUAGGCAACUUGUAAGUCUUGGAACUUUGUUAUUUUGUUUUUUUAUUAAUUCCCAGGCUUGCUGCUGCACUACUUGUGCAUGGGCCGGUAAUGACCCAUGUGCAGCCCUUAGUGACGUGAUUCUAUUCAUGUUGUGUGUACAUUUAAAUAAAUAUUAGUAUAAAUUAAUUAAAUUAUAAAUUAUUCUGCUGUGUUUGGUGGUUUUUAUUACUCAAUAAUAGAUGGAAGAAGAUAUAUUGAAUUGUAAUGUUGGUAUAACACAGAGGGGUAGCGGUAACUCUUUUUCUAUUCCAGUGGAUGUAGAGGAGCAUGAUAGCCUUACAACCCCUUCAUCCAUAUAUACACAACACCAUACCCAGUCCAUCCCACCUUUACCCAAGAAACCCAAAAAAAACCCCUAGCAAUCAAUCUGUGGUAUGUGAAUGACACUUCAUCCAUGAUGCAUCACCUCCAUAAUGCAUGUGACAGCUCUCCUCUUAGAAUUAAAGGAACUGAAAAAAGUCAAAACCUUUAGUGUUAGGAGGGAUGUGAAGGGAAGAGCGUGUAGUCCACAAGAACUUGUGAAGUAUGAUGCAGAAAAACUUAGUAUGUCAACCGCUAAGUUUUUUAUCAGGUGUGGCCUUUUAGGCUUGUGGAGGACAAUCGGUUUAUUGAGUUUGUGGCUGAUUUGGAGUGCAAAUUUACAUUGUCAUCCUGAACUACUUUACAAAGGGAUUGUGUUAAGCUGUAUAAUGAAGAGAAGAUACAAUUAAAAAAGUUGUUUGAUGGUCAAAGAAUUUGUCUUACUACCGAUACUUGGAUAUCAGUGCAAAAUAUGAAGUACAUCUGCAUUAUCGCACAUUUUAUUGAUUGCAAUUAGAGAUUGUAUAAGAAAAUAUUCAAGUUUUGUCAAAACUUCUGACUAUAUGGGCGAAACUAUUGGGAGGGUGCUAGACUUGGGAUUGUAUGAAUGGGUUAUUGAUAAGAUUUUGACCAUCAUAGUUGAUAAUGCCUCCUCUAAUAAUGUUGUCAUUGAUUACAUGAGGAGAAGAAUAAAAGACAAUAAUUGUACUAUAUUGGGUGGUGAAUUUCUUCAAAUGCGGUGGUUGCCCAUAUAUUGAAUUUGAUUGUUCAUGAUGACUUGAAAGAUGUUUAUGAAUUUGUAACAAUACAUGUGAUAUCUUCACCGCCAAGAUUUGCUAAGUUCAAAACUUGUGUGGCAAAGGAAAAGAUUAGUGAGAGAAUGAUUUGCUUGGAUGUUCCUACUAGAUGGAACUCCAUAUUUGAUGUUGAAUACUGCUGAAAAACACAAACAAGUCUUUGAAUGAUAUGUGUAUGUGGAUGAUCAAUUCGUGAACCCUGCUAGUGAUGAUUGGAAAAAUGCACGGAUUUUAGUAGAGUUGUUGAAUUUUUUUUUUUGAUAUUACAGUGAACAUUUCUGAUUCUUUGUAUGUGAUGACUAAUAUAUAUUUUCAAGAAUUCUACAUGAUUGAAUAUGCAUUAAAUGAUAUGUGCAUGAGUAAUGAUAUUGUCACUAGUACCAUGAGCAUAAAUAUGAAAAGUAUGACAAGUAUUGGUGUCGCAUAUAUAGGUUCAACUUGAUGAUAUAUGUUGCUUUUGUGCUUGAUCCACACUACAAAAUGAUGGCAAUGAAGUUUUGCUUGAAAAAGUGCAAAGGAGAUAAGUUGGCGGAUAGGAUAGAAGCCAAGGUUAAACUCCUUUUAAGCCGCUUGAUUGAGUAGUAAAAUACGUUUCGUGUGACUAGUGGGGGGAGUUCUAAUGUGGCUCAAGGGAGGCCAAGCACUAUUUUUACAAAUAUUGGUAAUGAGCCAGCAUCGCCUUCAAGUAAAUUUGAUAUCAUAUUCGCCAAUUACCUUGAGGAGCAGGAUGUUAUGGAGUUUAGAUUGGAGCUAGAGAGGUAUUUGUCUGAGGGGUGUGUAAAAAACUCACCCCAAUUUUGACAUUUUAAAUUGGUGGAGGGUUAAUACAGCCAAUUAUCUUGUUAUUGUUGAGGUAGCACGUGAUGUGUUAGCCACUCUCAUUUCCAUUGUCGCCUCAGAGUCUAUGUUUAGUAUUGGAGGACGCAUCUUGGAUCCUUUUAGGAGUUCAUUAUCUCCAGAGACUGUUGAAGCCCUCAUUUGCACCCAAAAUUAGUUAAGUACCAAACCAGUUGACAUUUGAGAGUUGGAAGAAUACGUACAAUCAAUUGACCUAGAAGAUGAUCAUCCAGCUCCAUCUUCAACCAAGCCUUGAGUAUCCAACCCAAUUACACAAAAGCACUUCUUCUAAGGGUUGCCUCGAACAAGAAGGAGAAAUAGAUUAUGUAGGGUGUGCUGAAUAGAGUCCUUCCUGUUGAUAUUCGAGUUUUGGUAAGUACUGCAAAAAUCAAGGGGCUGUUUGAAGGCCAUCCUAGCUGAUGAGAGGAAUCAGCCAUGUCAUCUUCAGGUUUAGUUGUUUGAGCAGGGAGUAUAAAUAUAUCUUUUGGCGGGAGAACCUGAAUUUGUUGGCUAUGGAGGAGGCAGAAAAAAGGUUUUUUGGGGAACACAACUUCAGUAGUUUUUGUAAAACGGAUGCAGUAAAUGUGCACAACUGUUAAGUGGCAUAUCACGCUGUUCGAAAUUUGUCCUUCUGAUGUGAG